ACCUUUAUUAUUAUUAUUAUUGUCGCGCCUGCCCCCAGCCUUCUUGACCGCUGCAUUUAUCCUUUCCGUGGUUGCUCUUGCCUAACGAGCGAUCAGCACAUAAUAUAUGUAACCCAGCAGCCCGUCUUGCUCAUCGCCUCAGUCGCCAUGGCCGCCGUCAUGUCGCACGCGCCGCAUCACCACCCUGCCCCUCGCCCAGUCUCCAACCAGACCAACAUUCGAAUCACGCCUCCGAACGACCAGUCCUUGCCCAACUCGGUUCAAAAGCUCCGUGGAGGUCAGCUCACCCUCGACACUUUCUCGCCCGUCAACCAAAAUGGCAGUUUCGAAUUCGACCGCAUCAUCAAGUCCGGCCAAGUCUCCAAGCGUACUCGCAAGACAAAGUCGUGGAAACCCAUCCACAUUGUCCUGAGGCCCAAUCUCCUGUCCAUCUACCGUGACAAGGCCGAGACCAAACUUCGCCAUCAAAUCACCCUCUCGGAUCUCACUGCUGUUGCCCGUCAAAAGGACCCCAAGGGCAAGGCCAAGCAUGUCUUUGCUCUCUUCUCCCCUGCGAGGAACUACCAUCUAGAAGCCGCCUCGGAUCAGGACGCUCAAGAGUGGGUUCAGCUCAUCAGACGUGAGGCACGCAUUGAUCAGAACGAAGAAGAAAUGGUCCUGGCCAGUCCAGGUGGAGCAAAAAGUACUUACCGUGGCUUUGAGAGGCAUACGGAUCAGACCAUCGACCAGGACGUUCCCCAGGGCUACAGUUCCUCGGAAGCAGAAACUCCCAUAUACAAUCCUCCGAUACGUCGGCCCAAGCACACGAUGCAUAGCAAGCGCAGACCUUCGCAUACACUAGACUAUUCGGGCCCGGAAAAUGCUUCUUACUCUGACUUUUCAGACUCGCAAGGCCAGUCAGCUCGCAUGUCCUCACUUUCGCUCACUCUAGCUGAAAACCAAACGCACCCGCUGCCUCCAUCUACCGGUGUGAAUGCCGUCUAUGGCGCCAAUACUCGUACUCCACUUGCACCACGCAAUGUCAGUCAAACAUCUGGCAUACAGACGAUAAAACAAGACGAAGAACGAGUGGUUUGUCAAGGAUGGAUUUACAUGCUCAAAUCCAAAUCCGGAGUACGGCAAUGGAAAAAGCUUUGGAUGGUGUUGAGGCCAAAGUCGCUGGCCUUGUACAAGAACGAGGAAGAGUAUGCAGCAGUGCUGGUCAUGGCGUUCCACAACAUCAUCGAUGCAGUCGAGAUCAAUCCUAUCAGCAAGAGCAAACAGUUCUGCCUGCAGCUCAUUACGGAAGAACGCAACUACCGAAUGUGUGCACCAGACGAUGAUGGACUGGCUCGGUGGUUGGGAGCAGUCAAAAGUUUGCUGGUAAAGAGAAAGGAGACGACUGCAGGGAUACAAAGAGCAGGCACUGCAACAACAAGCUAGUGCUCAUGUUCUCGAAACGUGGCACAUUGGCACAAGGCAGAGUUGCCUUUUACGUCUUCUACGAUAGCAACGAAGGGCAGACGGAUUGAAUUGACUGAUAGGAUUGCGGGGCGUUAGGACGGGUACUGGAUUUUAACUGGGGCUUGGGGUGGCUGGCUGGCGCUUGUGCUUGUGCUUGAUUCAGGGCGGUAGCCGUUAGGAUCAACAGGUCCCGGAUUGUCUUGGUCGUGUUGGAGGAGAGUUUGUACAUAUGAUAGAUGUCCAGCAUAGACGUACAAGGCACGGUAU